GCUAUUGGAAAUUUCAAAUUAGGUGAAGAGUCACCAAAGUUACCAACCUCUCUAGGUAAUUGGAGGGGUCAGCUUUCACUGAGCAAUUCAGUGAGUGAAAACCCGGCUAAGCUCAACUUGGACUUUGGAAGUGGUGAAUUUAGUGAAGUUGAGCUGAAAAAGAUCGCGGCGGAUGAGAGGCUUGCAGAAAUUGCGUCAUCAGACCCGAAACGUGCAAAGAGGAUAUUGGCUAAUCGUCAGUCAGCUGCUCGUUCCAAGGAGCGGAAGGUGCGUUAUAUCUCGGAAUUGGAACACAAGGUGCAAACUCUUCAAAUGGAAGCGACCAUGCUGUCAUCCCAACUUACUGUUCUACAGAAAGAUCAUACUGAGCUAACAGUUCAGAACAAUGAAUUGAGAUUCCGCCUUCAAUCUCUGCAGCAACAAGCCCAACUUAGAGAUGGUAUUCCAUUUUCUUCCACAAUUACAUUUGUCUAUAUUUACCUGAUAUCUGAAUGCACAAAUUUCACCUAGAUGCGCAUGUGUUUGCAGAGUAUACUUUUGCUGACGUAUGAGCUACUUUCAUAAUUUUAAGUCUUUCUAUGGUUAUGUUAUUAGCAUCAUCUUAUCUGAGUUCUGAUAUGAGUGAUAAAAGUUUAUCUGUUGUCUUGAUUUUUGUUCCCAUGAAGGUACUUCUUAUUUACCCUAUCGGAUGGAUUAUGCAUGUGCUGCUUGAUUUUGUUGUCUUUUUUUUUUUCUUUUGGUAGUUGGUCUUACUGAAAUCACUUCAGCAAGAAAGCUGUGGAAUGAUAUUAUAAUAAGAAACAUUUUUUAUU